AUGACCGCGCUCGAAGAAAUCUCCACCGACGAGCUCAUGCGCGAGAUUCAGCGGCGGCUGGAGUGCCAAAAUAAGCCAGACAAGCGCUUGAUCCUCAUCGGUCCGCCGGGAUGCGGCAAGGGAACGCAAUCGCCUAAGAUUAAAUCCGACCACUGCCUGUGCCACCUCGCGACGGGGGACAUGUUACGCGCGGCGGUGGCGGCGAAAACGCCGAACGGCGUGAAGGCCAAGCAAGCCAUGGAGAGCGGAGCGCUCGUGAGCGACGAUAUCGUGGUCGGGAUUAUCGAGGAAGCCGUCAAGGCGCCCGAGUGCCGAAACGGUUUCAUUUUGGACGGGUUCCCGAGAACGGUGCCGCAAGCGGUGAAGUUGGACGAGAUGCUCUCUGCGAAAGGGGUAUCGAUCGAUGCAGUGCUGAACUUUGAAGUGCCGGAUGAGGUACUCGUAGAAAGGGUGGAGGGACGAUGGAUCCACCCCGCGAGCGGGCGAUCGUACCACACGAAGUUUGCUCCGCCGAAGGUUGAAGGGAAGGAUGAUUUCACGGGAGAACCUUUAAUUAAGCGUAAGGAUGACAACGCGGAGACCCUUAAGUCACGCUUGCAAGCGUUUCACACGCAAACGCAACCGGUUAUCGAUUACUACGCGAUAGCAAAGAAGGUUACUGAAAUUCACGCCAACAAACCAGCCAGCGAUGUCGAAGCGCAAAUUGCAGCGGCGUUGAAGUAG